AUGGCCGACGCGGCGGCCACUGCCGGGGCUGGCAGCUCCGGAACGAGAUCAGGAAGUAAACAGUCCACUAACCCUGCUGAUAACUACCAUCUGGCCCGAAGGCGAACCCUGCAAGUGGUUGUGAGCUCCCUGCUGACAGAGGCAGGGUUUGAGAGUGCUGAGAAAGCAUCUGUGGAAACAUUGACAGAGAUGCUGCAGAGCUACAUUUCAGAAAUUGGGAGGAGUGCCAAGUCUUACUGUGAGCACACAGCCAGGACGCAGCCCACACUGUCAGAUAUUGUGGUCACACUUGUCGAGAUGGGUUUCAAUGUGGACACUCUCCCUGCUUAUGCAAAACGGUCUCAGAGGAUGGUCAUCACUGCCCCUCCAGUGACCAAUCAGCCGGUGACCCCCAAGGCCCUCACUGCAGGACAGAACCGGCCCCACCCGCCACACAUCCCCAGCCAUUUUCCCGAGUUCCCCGACCCCCACACCUACAUCAAAACUCCGACGUACCGUGAGCCUGUGUCGGACUAUCAGGUCCUGCGGGAGAAGGCCGCGUCCCAGAGACGAGACGUGGAGCGGGCACUCACCCGUUUUAUGGCCAAGACCGGCGAGACCCAGAGUCUUUUCAAAGAUGACGUCAGCACGUUUCCCUUGAUUGCUGCCAGGCCUUUCACCAUCCCCUACCUGACUGCUCUUCUUCCGUCUGAGCUGGAGAUGCAACAAAUGGAGGAGACGGAUUCCUCGGAGCAGGACGAGCAGACAGACACAGAGAACCUCCCUCUUCACAUCAACACGGAUGAUUCUGGAGCCGAGAAGGAGAACACCUCUGUCCUGCAGCAGAACCCUUCCUUGUCGGGGAGCCGGAACGGGGAGGAGAACAUCAUCGAUAACCCCUAUCUGCGGCCUGUGAAGAAACCCAAGAUCCGCAGGAAGAAGUGAGUUGGAGGCCAGGGUGCAGAGAGGCCUCCCUGGCCAACCGCGGUGGCCUUCUCUGCUCCUUGGCAGAAAAGAGAGGCUCACCGGUGGUUCUGAACCUUGGGGAGAGCUACUCUGGUGAGAGGGGAAUGUUUUCCCCUUUCCUGUCCGUCCUCAUCUCCCGCAUGUACCUUUUGUUGCAUGGAGGUUGAGCAUCCUGCAGCCCAGGGACCAACCCUCACAGCCCAGCAGUUGUUCCCCCGCAAGAAGGAGAGCAGCUGGGGCCCCCACCAGGCGGGCUGCAUGGAUUCCUCUUCUUUCUAGGUCCCUCUCAUGAGCUGAGAAGGAAGCCUGCCUUGUAGAGAGACGCGGAUGCCACCCUCCUUGGGGAGUUAAAGCCACUCGAGGGAAGAAGAGGGUGGCCGCCUCGGGGACAAGCCGAGGCUCUAGGGUGUGACCGGGCAUGAUUUUAAUAGCAAACUCUCUAUUAAGAUUACCUGUUUUCACUGGAUGUUUGGGUUGACGAAGAUACGAUGGUAACAAUGAGGCUUUUUAAAUCAGCCGGGCCAUACCGUGGGGCACAGGAGCAGCCAGUGACUUCGUUUAUAGUCAUGGAACUUGAUUCCUUGAAACCUGGGAGACCGGGGAAGGUGGCAGGAAAGAAAGGUCUCUUUGCCUGCUUUGCUCACUGCCGGAAAGACUUUGCUUAGUUUGUACUUCAGGAUAUCUUGACCCCUUUUAUUGACUGACAGUUUGUGGCGCCUAUUUUAUCAUCCUAGAACCUCCUUACUUCUCACCUCAUCUGGGCUCCACGUGCCCCGUAGAGCUGAUCGAAGGUGACUUUCCCUCCUUUAACAUGUUGGAAACAGGAGGCCCACCCGUCGCAGCCUCAGUCUGGGGCCGGCAGGAGUCAGGAGGCAUAAGCAGAUGCGUGUGGAGUAGAAUGAAAGGCAGUACUGACUCUCAUCGGCAUCUGAUGAAAGCUCCCUAAAGCAGGGCAGCACCCUCUCCUGAGGGGUUUAUCAUUUACUGUCCCUCUGUGGACCAUGUGCUUGGGAACAACCAAGCUCUGCCCCAUCCUGGGAAAAGAGAUUUUCUUUGACAAGAGCCUACAUCAGUGGAUAUAUUACGCUGUGAUUUGAUGGAGGAAUCACUGGUUUUAUGCAGUAGGAAAAGGAUUUGCUGGGGGGUGGGAGGUGGCGGGGAUGAGAUUUUGAAGGCCGGGCUUAGCCUCAUGUUCUGAAAGUUGAGAAACCUGUUCGGUCUGCUGGAAGUUGGCAUGGAUGGAAGGCCACGUGCCCACCUUAUGGCAGAAGUGGGCCAAGAAGAGCCUGCAGGUCUGAAUCUGUCCAUCCUCUUUGCCUCUUUAUCCUUGAUGUGCCCUACAAACCAAAAAAGAAAGAUGCUGGGCAAGCUGGUACCUUUUGACUGUUCUCCAAAGGAAGAGGUUUUAAAACCAAUUUGGAGGAAGAGAAAUGCCAGUGACACCUGGAGGUUAACACAGGGUAAAGGAGGAGAAUCCUGGGUCAGUGUCCUAAGGUCCAUACUGAGCUCUUCUGAUACUCGGCUUCCACAGUCAUCUCUUAACCUUCCGUCCUCUUGGUGAAUUUGAAAACUCGAAAACCCUGUUGACUUGACAGCAGGCUCCACGCUCCUCUGGCCUCACUGUUCUCUCAGCAUUUCAUCCCACUGGCUGGAAGGAAAGUGCUGCUCGUCAGCACCUGAAGAGAGGACACUGAGUGAGAAAAUCGGAUUCCCCAGCUCUGCACCAAAUAAGAGUUUUUCCGGUUUGUAGUGACCUGAAACUCCUCCAGUUGAAAGUAGUCAGAUCGGGCCUCUGCUGACCCCCUCUGAGCUUGUCAGUUGGCUCUUGGUGAUUCUUGGCCUGUUGAGUUUAAAUAUAGCUCCAGGUUUGAGCCAGGGCUGAAACUUUCCCGGCUUGCUGUUCUCACCUGCUCCCGGGAGCAGUCAUCCCAGCAAUUCCUCCUGCUACUGUCCCAAACAAGCACCUGUUGAGUGCUGUAACACUAAGGGAUGAGGUGGGAUUUGGAAAAGAAUUUCCCUUUCUGCUGUUGAGAUUUCAGAGGCCUUGCUGCUGUAAUUCAGUUCUGCAUGAGACACUGGGAGAUGGUCGGACAACCUGAAACAUUGACCUGACUAUCGUGUAAAAACUGUGCAUAAUCCUCAAUGGAUAUUUAUAAGUUUUUAUUUUUUAUAACUUUGGGGGAAUCAUGGAGGGAAAAAGUAGUCAACAGAACCAGAUUAAGCAUGUGAUUUAUGAGCUCUUAAUAAAAGGUCAUAAUAAAAACUUUGUAAA